GUGCCCUUACUGCGCCACUUUAAGUGAAAUGGGAAGCCUUGAAACCUCCAUGUUUGUAUCUUGAAAUUGCAAGCGGAGUUGAGCACCAUAUUGAAUCAAAGUUGCCAACUCCUAGACAAACCUCUUAAAACUUCCACACGUCAAACUUGAGCGCGUAUCCGAGCGGACACACGGAUCCGAAGAGUAAUGGGCGCACUGUAGGUGACUUGUUGCGAUGUUUCCCGGGGCGUUUCAGCGUUGUUUUCGCUCUCGUUAAGUUGGGUUAAUGCAGCACCGAGUCGGCGGACUAUCUCUAACUUUAAAGUGUGAAGUUGGCACUCUGGACCAGACCUGGAUGUGAUGGACAAUCCGUCCUCUGUAAUCACCCAAGUGAGCCGGGAUGAAGACGGAAAUAAAGCCGCGGGAGAGAGGGGUUCCUCUCCCUCUCUGUCUUCCAAGAAACCCAGGAGUGGAGGCCUCUUCUCCAGCCUUUUCUGCUGCCUGUGCCGGGACCAGCCUGAGCCGCCACCAGUCAACAACAACGCCCCUCUCUUGGUAGAAGAGAAUGGAACAGUGUCCAAGAUCCAGGCGAAACCACUGCUGCCUCCAGUGAAGUCAAAAGACUCCGGAAAGAUCUGUGUGGUUAUAGAUCUGGAUGAGACCUUAGUUCACAGCUCUUUUAAGCCUGUGAACAACGCAGAUUUCAUCAUUCCUGUGGAAAUCGACGGAACAAUACACCAGGUGUAUGUCCUGAAGCGGCCCCAUGUUGACGAGUUUCUGAAGAGGAUGGGGGAGCUGUUCGAAUGUGUCCUCUUCACUGCCAGUUUAGCUAAGUAUGCAGACCCAGUCUCCGAUCUCCUGGACAAGUGGGGUGCUUUCCGCUGCCGCCUUUUCCGGGAGUCUUGCGUCUUUCAUCGAGGGAAUUAUGUCAAGGAUCUGAGUCGCCUGGGUCGUGACCUCAACAAAGUGAUUAUUGUGGACAACUCCCCUGCCUCCUACAUCUUCCAUCCCGACAAUGCAGUGCCUGUGGCCUCUUGGUUCGAUGACAUGUCCGACACAGAGCUGCUGGACCUCAUCCCGUUCUUCGAGAGGCUGAGCAAAGUGGAUAACGUCUACACGGUCCUCAAGCAACAAGGGACCUCAAGCUAACGUCGUUUGACUUUUUCAUCUCAGCUCUGAACAAACCGGCGUACAAAAAAGCAAAAAAGCAAAAAAAAAAAUAAAAAUCCCCCAGAAACGCCACACCAGCCAGGCUCCAGCACCAGCUCCAGCUAUCAUUGCCCACCAGAACACAGACUGCUUCACAGCCGCCAGAGCCAUCAAAGCAACCGUCCCACACACCAAACAAAGAUCACCAUGGGGGAGCCUUUGGUGACUUUUUGACGGCGUCGACACUGCCACCUCCUGGUCAGAUAGCAAACUGUCUGCAAGUUGCCUUCCAAGAACCAGCUGACGUGAGUGAAUGGACGAGAGGAUGAAUGAAUGUUUAAUGGCCUUUCUGCAGCCCCACUGGACUUUCAGUAGAGUAGCAGAGGGCUGUAGCCACGAUUACUCUGGACCCGGGUACUGGACUUAGACUUCUCAUGGACGUGAUUUGGCAGCCUGAUUGCACAAGACUUGCAGGAAGUUUCAGAAAGGUUUACGCUUCUUGAUCUGUUGGAUUGUUGAAAGGGCAGGUCGGAGGUAUACGUACUGUAGAUGUCUUUUAAGCAUUUUGGUCAAGCGUUAUGUUCUUCACAGCCUAAUUUUAUCACACUAUCUGUCUCCAGUCAAAGGCCUCAGUUGUCAUAUUUUUAGAGCUUUUAGAGUGACGUGGUCAGGUUUUUAAUAGUCAUGAGUUAUCAGUGUUAUGAAUGAAUCUGAUUUUUAAAAGGUUUCUUUUUUAAACUCAGCUGGCAUUGCAAGCUCAGACACUAUUACAAGUUAAAUGAAUGAAUAAAAAGUGAUCGGACCACUUUAAAAGUAAUCUAAUCCCUUUUACCGCAGAUUAAAUUUAUAUGCUAAGCUCAUCUUAAAAGAUGAACACGUGGACACGAGUCUAAGUAUUUUUACUGUCUGUGCAGCAGGAAAUAGUCGGAUUCAGAGCACUGACUCGGGUCGUGACUGCAUUGUUUUAUCAGAAACCUCACACUAAUCUUUAAGUAUCCAUCCAUCUGCACUCGAAAGUGACAGAGCAGCUGUUAAUGGAUCUGGUAGAUGUUUGCCACUUUAAAGCCACACACAAACCUGAAUUUGUCUUCUGUGUAUUUACAGACUGUAAUUGGAUGGUUAAAAGAAAGUUUUGUGAUGUUAAAAAGAAAAGACACCAGUGGAUUUGUCAUGAUCUUCAAAGUACUUUUUCUCUCUUUUUUUUUUUUCUUUUUUUCUUUUAAAUUGUCUUUUAAGCGGUACACAGAGGCUGGAAACUAUUUCUAAAUUUGUGUCAUGAAAUAGGUUUUGAGGAGGGGGGGGCUGCUGUGAGUAUCCCAGUAUAUGGGAGGGCACAUCUUUGAAAACAAAGUGUUUAAUAUAGCGCAGGUUUUAAAGGAGCUAUCCACCCCAAAACAACUUAAACACUACAAUAAACUGCAGUUAGUGAUGCCUCAUACUGGAUGUUUCCUUAUGUUUUAAACCUGGCAGAGAUCUGAUAGUGUGCAGAUUUUUGUGAUGUUUUUGGAAACGUUGAAAAGCCAGUGCAGCUACAGCAGAUCUAAAGCUAAGUCUUUAAAUGUCUGUUUUAUUUUAUUUUUUCCCCUGUUUUCUUUUACACAAAACUGCAGAAAUUUGUAUUUCUGCCCGCAGGUAAAAACCUAGCAGGGGUGCCACAGCUUGAUGCUAGUCCGCUCAUCAAAGUUACUAAGUGCAUGCUGGGAAUUGCAGGAGUCACUGAUUUUUGCAGUUUACCAGCAGUAACAAAGAGUGGAAAGUGUGAGAUGAUUUUGGGGUGGAGUCUUCCUUUUUUCUUGUGCACAUCUGUGUUGUGUAUCUGUAUUGUAUUCUGCCCGCUCAGUUUUAAGGAGCAACGCGGUUGCUAACGGGCCUUGCAGAUUGGUGCGAUCGCCCUAGUUUGCGUUGACAAUGUGUUGACACUGAUGAAUGAAUGUGGUGGAUUUGACUUGGCAGCCUGAUGGCAGGCUUGUGACGUGACUUUGCCUAGAUGAGGAAGGGGUGAUUAAAUCCACCACCUUAAGAGCUAUUAUUACUUUUUAAAAAAUGUUUAACAAAUUAUUGUCAAUCAAGAUUAGCCUGUUUCAUUUCUAAAUAAUUAACUGAUUUUUACUGCUGCCUUUUAUUAUUUUUAUUUUUAUUUUUUUUCCCAAGAGUCAUCCUCUUUUAGAAUAUUUACAGUAGGUUUUCCAAAACGGGAAGACAUUGUUCUUGCUGUUUUCUUACAGGACCUGGUCGGUUACCUCGCGUACGAGGAGGGAGAGAGGAUUCAGAAACACCAGCAAAUAACUAAAGAGAUAGUAUCUUACCGUUGUAGGCACGUAACAGGUUUAAAACGGUGUGUUUUCAUGAAAGCCAUCAUCAAAUUACUGAUGCCGCGUGUGUUUUGGAAUUCAUUGGCAAAGACGAGUAUUUAUAGGAACGCUGAGUCAUCUUGUUAAUGGAUUACAUGUAAAACCGGUUGUGUCACUAUGGGGGCCCAUUCACUGAUACUGUACUUCAUACACAUUCAGUAGAUAUGUAUAUGUUGUUUUUGCACAGUAAUAAAGCAAAUGAAUUUCAUUAAUAUAUGGAAUAUUCAUGUUACUGUACUCAUGAUUCAAUAGCUGUAACUUUUUUCCUUUUUUUUUUUUUUUUUUUUUUGUGACCUUUGUUUUAUCAUACCAAAUUCUGUAUGGACUGUAUGUAAUAAUGCCCCUCAUAAAUGCUUAAGGAAACACGGUC